CAGGUGGUCGGUGAAUCCCCCUUCCACACCCCUCCCACGUUUGCGAGACUGACUGGGCUCGCAGCUGUCAAAUACGAAAAGGCUUGAGCUUCGAUAUCGUCAAGGGAGCCAUAAUAUCAGGGUCCUCCAGAUCCAAACUGGUGUGAUCAUUACGUAGGUAGGGAACUCGAUUCUCGGAUUGACUAACCGAGGUGAUGUCGUUUCCUCCUCCUCCUCCUCCUCCUCCUCCUCCUCUUCUUCUUCUUCUUCUUUUUAUUCCUUCAUCAAGCUCUUUUCUUCCAUGAGUCAGUUUGCUUUGCCGGUCCAGUCUCUUCGGGCGUCAAAUGGCUAAAAGAGCAGCAACCAAUCGCACCUCUAGUGACAAAUUCGAGGUCGAUCGCAGAACCAAUAUUCUUGUAUGUACUAUUGUGCUGCAUAGGCAUGUAGCAGGUCAAGUGGCUUGCCCGCUUCCCAAAACUGCUUCCCAGUCAAGUCUGAAAAAAUAAAGACUAUUUUUUCUGCGAUCGAUCUCAAAGUCAUCAUUCUCGGAUGCCGACUUGACGAGCCCCAUGUCUUAAGUCGACGCCGAUUCGAGUGCCAAUGAGCCUAUUAUGUCCUGCAUGCAUGAGAGUGCAGUUGGGACAAGCACAUACACUCACCGUCUCUUACACGAUCUUGAGAGACUUUGUUAGUGCCCCUCGGUUGAGAAGGUCCCGAAAUGUUUCUUCGACAGCAUGGGCUAUCGUUAGGAUGCGAGAUCAGGUGAUUCGGAAUAUAUCAUCUGAGCGGAUGCUCCUCAAUGAGACUCUGGUAUUCACGAAUGACCUGAGGAUUACGGGAAAUGAAGCUGUUGGAGGCUUCUAGAGACGUCCAUUUCUCACAUGGAUGGAUACCUUAGUAUUCACCUGAGAAUUGCAUAAAUGGAGGGGCUAGAGGGGUCAGAAUCUUGGAGGGGUCCUUUGAAGGGGCAGACCAGGGACCAGAUGGACAAGGGCGCAAGCAGCCGGCAUCUGCCCUGGAAAAUUCUGCAAGGGCUGGCCAGCCUAAAGUAGCCAGCCAUGAUGGAGGGAGCUCAUACGGAUAGGGAGCGACUUACUGGUACACAUGCACCCGGACACCCACAGAGAUGCACACUGAAUAGAAAGCACUUAAGGGGAGCAAUUAUGUCGAAAGGCCAAACAUGGUAAAUACUGGAUAAAAGACUGGCCCGCCUCUUUUCACCCAUGAAUACUCUGCUCCAAGGUGAUCGAUCAGUGAAGUCGUUAUAAGUUGGCAACCUCCCUUUCUCCCUCCCUCAUGAGACAAGAGCUAAUAAAGAGCUUACCACCACCAUCCACAAGGUUUUGAAACUGAUGAACGGCUAGCAGCGCGCCUAAACUCGCCGAGAAGACAGCUAACCUACCUAACUGAACGUUGUGCCCUCUUAGCCGGGUGGGUAUACGUCAUGAAAUCACCCGUCCAUCAAUAAAAGCUCCGCAGAACCGGACAAGCACAUGCUUGUCAACGCACUGUUGACCCUAUCUACAGUACCCUGCACCUUGGGUAUCCUUAUCAGAGGAUGGAGGUAGAAGAAGUAGAAGUAGAAGUAGAAAACAUCAGAUUUGGCCAUUUAUACAGCCUGUUCCUUGCAUGAGUUCAGACGCCUUGCCCACCUCAACUGGCCCCGUGUCUCUUUUGUGGUAUUCAUGGAUAGAUGGGUGAUUGAUUGAUCCGUCAACACAUAUCUAGCAAAAACGAUCGAAGCCGACGACAAAAUUCGGAGCUGUCAAGGAGCUGUCUGGUUGCCUAUUGGCCUAAUGCUGUGUCAUCACCUGGUAAUGAUGAUGCUAGGUUGCUUGGCUCUCAUGGCUGUCGACAAGGAUUAGGAGGUUAACCAGGUAGGGCUCAAUAGCACGCCAGCAACUAUGUAAGGCCACACGUCAAGCCGCUAUAACGAUUUCUCAUCAGCCUUCAUCAUUGAUAAUAUUCCUAGACGGGAUCUACCACCAAGCUCAAGUCCAAUCAUCCCAUAAGGAGGACUAGCCUUCCUCGCUCAUCCCCAUGCCAAGUCUUAUAACCUUGACGAUGACUGGGAAAAAACGGCAAUCCGAUAAGCUUCCAUUUCUCAACGGGACACCACGCGGCUAAAGUGCCCCGUGGUUGACCUGCAUUAUCUAGAAACAGAAACCAGCCAUACACAAUUCAGAUAUGCCAGUGUCAAAAAGUAAAAGCGAAGUACCUUGCUGUCCAAUACCCUACCAGCCUACAGACGGGUGUCUAGCACGCCACCGCGCUCAUCAUAUCGUCUUCUGUAGCGGGAACUGAUCUAACUGUAAGCUCCCACUGAGUCGAUAUCGAAGCUUUCGAGGUACCAAGAAAGCCAUUUUGAGACCAUUUUCGCUCCUCCCAAGCCUGUCUCUCCCGUCCGCCCGCCUUAGUAGGUACCGAUGGUCAGGCAAGUAAUAAGUUAGGUAGGUACCUCCCUAAGGUAAGGUACUCGUACGUCUCAAAAUGCUCUUACUCCAUGUCUAAGGUCGGUCGACAUUUUAUGUAUGUACCGACGGGAAUUUGAUCCACUCGACUGCGACGGGAUGCGAUGACGAAGUAGGUACCCAAUACUACCGUGCCUACCAGAAACUAGAAAAAAAAAGACCCACUGUGACUUCCAUGGAACCCCGCCUCUUAGGUUGUUGUAGCCUCUAGGUAGACUACGUACCUUAAAACGAUAUCUACAGCAUUAUCAAAUUAUCCCACAACGUUUAAACAACAUCCUGAUAAUUUAUCUGAGUCGAUUGCCUCGCCUGCCUACCUUGCCUUGUACCUUCGACACACUUACAUCCUCUUUCACACGUGUCAAGGAUCAAUCAGAGCUGCAGGAAAACCACGCAUCUCGUCCUUUCUUCGUCUCUCUCCUUGUUCCGUCAUUUUUCAUCUACCUCUCCCACAUCGUCACAGCUCACCGCAAGCUUCAAAACCCGCACCACAAACGUCACCAUGGGUAAAACACAACCAAACCUCUUCGCAUUUCGCAACGUUGACGCUCUCGCCCCGGCGUUGCGUUCGUACGUUAUCCAAAGCCAAGCUGCCGGUAUCGCCCGGCACGGCGCUUUCAAAGUGGGUGUAUCUGGUGGUUCGCUCCCCAAGACGCUCGCCCAGGCCCUCCUGGCCCCCUCUUCGGGCCCCAACGAUGUCGUCGAUUUCAAGCGCUGGGAAAUUUUCUUUGCUGAUGAGCGCGCUGUGCCCCUCGACCACGAAGACUCCAACUACGCCCUCCUCAAGAAGGAACUUCUGGACAAGAUCCCCGAGGACCAGAAGCCCACCGUGCACCCCAUCGACACAGAACACUUGAACGACUUGCAAGAGCUUGCCGACCAGUACGAGAAAACACUCGUUGCCAGCUUCGCCAGCCGCGACUCGGUCCGUCUGCCUAUCUUCGACCUCCUCCUCCUCGGCUGCGGUCCCGACGGACACACCUGCUCUCUUUUCCCUGGCCAUGAACUGCUCCGUGAAGUCGACGCCUGGGUUGCCCCCAUUGAAGACUCCCCCAAGCCUCCCCCCAAGCGCAUCACCCUCACUCUUCCAGUCGUCAACCACUCCGUUCGUGUCGCGUUCGUCGCUACUGGCGGCGGCAAGAAAGAGAUCAUGAAGCAGAUCUUCGAUAACGACGGUGGUCUGCCUUGCACUCUUGUCAAUGAGGGCACUGGUGAGCGCUGCAGCUGGUUCGUCGACGAGCCUGCUGUCGAGGGCGUCAGCUUUCCGCGAAGGGCUUUCCUAUGAUACCAUCACCCAAGCUAGCUUUAAUAAAAAAGCACCUCUACCCAGUAUUUGAGCUUUAGCCUGACUCACCAUAGCAUGCAAACGACGUCAACGUGCUGUCGCACUAGAUGGAGUCUGGCAUCGUGCGAAAAUCUCAGAGGAGCUGGAUGUUCAGCUUCCAAUUCAUCACUCCUUUUAACGCCCCUCACGAUAUUGGGAGGACUGAAAACACUAUAAGACGCAUCAAAUCUCCGAGUCGGCAAGGAUAUAAACGGCAAUGCUAUAUCGCAACCGGCCCUGAUCGAUGAACCCCUAAGUACCAUUUAUGACUGCUAUAUCCCGAUGAUGAUACUCGUUUUUGCGUGGGCAUCAUUUAGAGGCGUUUGUUUGGAGGCCCGGGAUUUUCCAGAUUUUAUGACAACGAAAAUCACAUCCAAAAAAGAAAGAGAAAAAAAAAAGAUCAAAUAAAUCCAAAAAAAAAAAAAAAAAAAAAAAAAAAAAAAAAAUAAAGAAAGAAAGAAAGAAAGAAAAUUCAAUACCAUGGUUUCGAGCUAGAGAAGAAGGUGUUUUGAAAGAAUUGUGGUUGAUUUACCAAUUUCCGUUUUAACUCGAUAUCCGGUCGAUAUAUGCCAACACGCACAAGGAAGAGAUAGAGAGCCUAUUCUGCUGGUCAUGUUCUCGUUUCGAGCCCAAUUGACAUAGCUAGAGCAGCUCAGUCCCAAACAUGAUUAAAAAAUGAGUCUAUAUACAACAUGAAGAAAGCGCAUCAUCUGAUGUGAUGUCGCUGAUCUAGGUAAUAUGUCGUUCAUCUGAUGUCCAAACCCGCGCACGGAGCAUUGCCAAGUUAUGCAAUGCCUUACACGGCUCUCCAGACUGCUCCGGCUCUUGGGGUAUCUUCCAUUUCAUCGUCCCGGUUCAUUCUCUCAAUCCACUCAUCUUCACGAGCAAACGCAUCCCGCUCAAUAUCGUCCAUGACAGCCAAUUCAGUCAGCAUGCCCUGAACAAGCUCCCUUGACCCUUCUACUAUGCGAUGCAGACUUGAUUGAUCCUUGGAUUCUCCUUCUUGAUCAUCAGGGGCAAAAUCUCCCAAUUGAUCGAGUUGUCGCUUUAUGGUGUCCAAUCGUCGUACCAAGCCAGCGCAUUCGUCCUUCCAUGCAGAAUCAAGCUCGCCAAUAAACAGCACGUCGUUCUCCUGGAUGAGAGCUCCGCCUGCACGUCUCGCUUCUUCGAUUUCGCACAUGCCAUCAACCCAUCGUUCGAAUCGCCUUACGACCCUAGCAUAGCGACCGCCGGGUUCCUCCAGCGCCCAUAGGCCAGCUAGGGCUGCAUCUAGAAUUUGUAUGCGCUCUUCCAGACCACCGCCAAUAGACCACUUACGGAGUGCCAGGAUGUUCUCCCUCUCAACCUCUGCCUUCUCUUGGUCAUCAAUCUGUUUGCUCGCGCUAGCAAGCUCUGAAAAUCGCUCCCCAAGUUUGCGCUGGGCACUAGCUCUCCAGGUAGCAUCAACGGUCGGUGCAUCUCGAUGCAAAAGAUGAAGUUGCAGAAGCUCGGUUUGUAACCGGCUUGUCUCAGCGGAUGCAGCGACGUUGGCCGGAAGUUUGGACGGCGAUGGCGGAGCGAGGAAUGUUGAUGUCAGUGGUUUGGGCGCAGAGGACUUGGCUGGCGAGUAGUGUUGUUGGAGAGUUGAGAAGGCCGGGCGAAGGCGUGGUGCGGCGCCCGGGAGCUUCUCGUUGGUCGAAGUAGUCGACGUCCGAGUAGGACGAGUGGUAGUUGUUGUGGUAGUAGUGCUGCUAGCUGAUGAACCAGAAGAAGGAGGUCUCAAGACUGGCGCAUUUCUCAAGCCAGUAGCAGUGCUCUUUGCGCGUGUAUGCGUAGGGGCAGGUGCCUUUCUAGUUGUUUGCGUUGGGCCAUCUGCCGAGGUUGGUCUCACCGCUGGUCGAGGUCUUGUAGUCGUAGUUGAGGGGGGAUAUCGAGUUUCCCUCUUCGCAGGCUCGGAUGUUACUGGCUUAGCAGGCUGUCGGACAGAUGUCGCCCUGGAGAGUCCUGUGGUUGUCCCAUUUCUCAAUAUUCUCACAUUGCUAGAUGUUGUCGCACUUCUAGUCAAGGGUUUUACAGGAAGGCGACUCGGUGAACCGUCUGGGGCGUUCGCAUUAGCAUUGGCAGUGGUUGUGGUGGAAGAAGCGGGUUUUCGAAGUGAUCGUGAGCGCUGUAACGUGGACAUAGUGAUAUCCGUCACAGUCUGUCGCACGACGGAUUAAACGGGUUCGGGAUUGAUAGUAGCUAUUAAGUGAAUGUUUAUUGUGAUGAAGCUUGGGGAAAUCAGGGUCGCUUGGGCUACCGAUACGGUAAGAAAGUGGACCUGCCCGCCCUGAGGAGGCUUCCAUCCGUUAGCCGGGGCACGGUGAGUGGACGGCAACCCUGGAACAUGGAAGGACCCGGUGAGCCUCUACCUACCUAGGUACAAGUAGUUAAGCUGUCUGGGCUGUUAAGGUACAGUGUAUGUUGACUUGAACGCACGCGCCGACUUAUCUGACAGAACUCCAUCUGAACUCAAACCUACCUACCUUAAGGCUCAGGCGUGGAUAUCAAGGAAUGCUGCUCUUGCAUAAGAGCUUGUCUUAGUCGAGUUCUAGACUAUCAGAGGCAGGGAGAAUAGGGAAGCAGUCCACAUAGUUGAAUCUGUGCACGAGUCCUGCUGUGACCUCUCGUAACCAUCAAAUCAAGAUUACACAUUCAUAUCAGUCUUAAAAACUUAUCGGGUUGGGUCUACGCCUGUAUCUUCGGU